ACUCCAUGUUUCACUACUCUAUGUUUGUCUAUCCACCAUUCAUAUUCCCAGCCCAACCUUACGAAGUGAGCGAACGCACACGACUGGCGUCACCAAAACCAUGUCCAGCAAUUCCGAUUGCUGUAUUUCACUCCUUCACGUGUCCAGCCACGCAUCCAACAAUCACCCAACUAUCAUUCGCUCACUCACUCUCCACGUACAACAUGACUAACAACAACCACCUCGCCAUUCACAUUCUGCCAAUUACUUCUACCAUCCUUCACCUUCUGCGGCCACCAAAAUGAGAACCCACAGAAGCUCCUUCGAUACCGGCACAUGCCAGACCAAGACUCCGAGGCAUACCGCAAGCAGGUCCAAACUCAUAUCCAGGAUCUGAUGUCUGGCAACCGACCACGAGAUCCUCAGCUCGCUGCCGCUACUACAGGCAGACUUGUCCUGGAAGGCGUCGUUGAAGCGGUGAAGAUGUAUCGUGAGCACAAACAGGAAACAAAAGAGCAAGGGAAGAAGGAUGGGGAACGACACGGCCACAAGUCGAAAGACGGACAUCAUGGGGGAUCACGGGAAGGGCAUGGUCACCGGUCGGGGGAAAGGAAACAUCGCCAUGGGUCAGGAGAAAGACAUCACCAUCGGUCUAAGGAGCGACGGAAAAGAAGUGGUAGUCGAGAGCGGCAAAAAAACGACCGUGAAAUCGUAGACCCAGUCAGAGAAGGACGUAACGACGACGACUCUCGUUUCGUGAUGACCGGUGGCGCAGGAGCACCUAGCACCCAGCCCACCUCUAUUCACAACGCUGAACACCGUGCAAGAUCUCCCCCACGUCGAGAGAGACCCGUCACGCCCGCUGGUCAAGUAGGUGCCUCUCACUCUCCAACUCAGCCACGAAUCGGUCCUGACGGAACAUCAUUCGGCGACUUGCCAAGAUUCAAGAUGAAGAAAGGCCCAGCAAUGGGCUUCGUAGCACAUGCUAUGAACACCUACCGACACGUGAAAGCUGAGCAAGAGGCGGGGUUGCGGUCCAAGGGGAUGCUCGAGAAGCAUGUGGAUGGUUGGAGAGAGAAGAGGGGUGGUGCGAAGCCCGCGGAUAGCCAGAAGAUUCGAAAAGGAGGUCAGGGUGGGAAGGAUGAUCGGGAGGAUGAUGAGCCUGCGGCGAGGGAUUGGGAGAAGAUUAGGGUUAGUGGUCCUGGGAUGAGAGGAGGAGAUAGAGAUGGAAGGCUUCGCGGGUCUCAGGAGCAGACAGGAGGAACAGGGAAGGUUGGACGGCAGGCUGCUCCACCGACUUCGACUUCGUCGCCAGCAUAUCAAACCAUAUCGCAGCCUCGCUCUCCCACUCCGUUUCAUGGGCCACCACCGAUCACUGUCACACCCCCUAGUGUACAGCAGACGUUUGCAGACUCCCCGAUUCCAUCGGCGCCAUCUUAUCCGCCGCAGUCAUUCCAUGCUCCUCAGCCUGCACCGACUCCUGCGAGCUUCUCUGCUCCUUCUCAUUCACCUUCCAUACCAGUGCCGCCACCAAUGCCUCCUAUGCCACAAGCCUCGCCCCUUCCACCUCCACCCCCACCUCCUGCCCCCUCGCGUGCGCCAAAUCCACCCAGCAACCAGCACGCAACCCUCUUCUCAGCAAUCCGCGGCGGCACAAACCUCCGCAAAGUCCCCACUUCAGAGCAAAAAGACAACAGCUCAGCAAAAGAAACAGGCAAACCCAUCUACCCAGAAACACCGCACAGCCACGACGUCGAAGCCCAAGAACACGCGCAAGAUACCGAGGAGCAGGAGAGAGACCAAGCAGAAAGUAAGUGCCUGCCAUACAAACCAGAGGUGCGACGGUUGUUGACGUAUAGUUGGUUCGAGCCGGAGGAUGAGUGCGGGGGCUUGGAGUGAGGAUGGAGAUGGAGAUGGGCUGAGGAGUUAUACGAUUCCUGACCGAGGGUUUCGGCAGAGGUUGGGGGAGGCGUUGGGGGGUCCUCUUCGGAGAACGGAUUCAGGUGAGUUUUUGAGAGGUGGGAUUGCUGGGUGAGGAGGUCCGACUGACGGUAUCGCAGAGCGCAUUAGUGGUUAGUGGGUGGGAGAGUUCUUCUAGACGGGUCUGUGAAGGUGCCUAGUGACUGAUGGUUGAGAGCAGAUACUACGUCCACCUGCUCUUCAGCUCGGACGAGCAUUGAGGAUAUCGACGUGUUCGGGGGUUUGGCUGCGCAUGUUGGAGCUCCCACAUGGAACUAGGAGGGUCUACGAAGCGACGAUGGCUGAAAGCACAGUGGAUAGACAUAUUUACUACAUGAUCAA